AUGGAAGUAGAUCAAGAAGAAUGUUCCUCUUCAGUGCUCAACCCCGCCAGAUCAAUUGAAGGCUACGUGAUCAUUGCUUUGAACGUCCAUCCAGAAGCAUCCGAAGAUGAUAUUAUUGAUUUCUUUGAUGAGUUUGGGAAAGUGAAGAAUGUACAAUUGAAUAUGGAUCGCCAAACUGGGUAUGCUAAGGGCUAUGCUUUGGUUGAGUACGAAAAGCUACGAGAGGCUGAAACUGCAGUGGACGAGGCGGACAAUAGCGAACUUUUAGGAAAGAGGCUUGUGGUGGAUUUUGCGUUUUUAGAAGGGAAUGAGGACAACAUCCAAUCGUCCAAUAGAGAACGAAGCAGAAGUCCUGGUGGCUCCAAGCGGUGGUGA